CGAUAACACAUGGUGACCUAGAAUCUGACUUUGUCCACCUUUGAUUGGAGUAGGCCAGUGAGGCGCCAAGACGAAAUUGACUGCCGUUAUUUUCAGUUGGCACGUGUUUUUUGACUCUUGAUGAGUGUUACGAUUUCCGUUUAGCAAUCUGGUGGCAGAUUCAUAUAAAAUUCUCAGGAAUUUGGGCUCACCCACAGUUAUGCAACUGGACUCCCAGUAGGCAAAUGUACAUAGGUUAAUAAUAACAUCUACACCCAUGGAACGCAGUUUUUUAAAUGCUCUGCAGUUUUUAAAAGAUGAGGAGAAAGAAGAUGAAUCGAACUGUGAAGAUAGACAGGCAGAUUUUAUGUUAGCUGCAUGUGUUGAUGGCUUUAAUGAAAAUGCGACGGGGAUUACAUCUCUGGAUUAUUUCGUAUAUAUAUGGAAUCUUUUCAAUAUGAUGCCAAUUGAUAACGAUGAUCCAAUUCCUGUUGAAUCUGUUGAAGUAGAAAAAAAGCACUUAUUUCAAUGUUUUAGUCGAUUGAAAUGUUUUCAUGUUUGGUUUACAAAAAAUCCUCCUAAUAUUCACGGAAGUGAUGUCAAGUCAUUGAUAUUCUUCUUUGAAGAAUUCCUUAAACAUACAUUUCUUACUAAAACAAGUCUAGAACCACAUUAUAUGGAGUCGGUAUCAUGUUUAAUAUUACUAUCAUGGUGGAAUAUUGGAUUUCGUUCUUGUUCAACACUUUAUCGUAUCAUUGAUUAUGAAUUAUUCGGUUUAUGGUUCAGAUUAAUCCCUCAAAUUGUUGAUGUAUCAUUUUGGAUUAUUAAUCACUUGUCUCCCUAUCCAGAACAUUCACAUCUAUUCAUAAUUAAUUUGUUACGUAUUUAUGCGGAUUGUUAUCAUCAAAUAAAAAGUCGAUUUGAGAAUGAUGACUCCGACACCUCUUCUUCUUAUUCUUCUCAUUCUUUGUCGUCUUCGUGUACUUCUUCUUCUCCUUCUGCUGCUGCUGCAACUGUCGGUUCUCGAAUGACUGGUAUUGAUAUACCUCGAGUUCUUCGUGGUUUAACUGAUAUUUAUCGUGAAUCAGUUGAAGAAUUAAUAGAAAGGAAUAAAGCAGAGAGGGGUGAAGAUCGUACAUAUUUAGAUGAUCUAGAUGAUGGUGAUGAUGAUUGUUCCAGCACUGCUAUUAAUAGUAUGAAAACUGUUUGUUCAGCAAUUGUUGAGAUAUUAAAAAAUUUAGUACGUUCUGGAAGAGCUUAUUGUUUGGAACAAACACCUGAUUUUUCGUUUAUUUCAUUCACUGACCAACGGAUAAGUGAACGUUUGUAUCUUGUUCGUGAUUAUCUACUGGUUCGAUCUCAUAGAGUUAUAGCCAGUCAGAUGGAAGCAACUCCUGGAAGUGUUUUACCUCGUCUACCAAAAAUGUUAAACUGUUUAGUAAAUCUUACAUCAGCAAAACAUAAACUUCGUGAAUUAUUGGGUUGUAAUAAUAAUAAUAAUAAUAAUAAUAAUAAUAAUAAUAAUAAUAGCAGCGGGAGGAGGAGAAGUGGUCGUUCGAGAUCAAAUCGUAAACCUUGGAGUUUAUCAUCAUCACCAUCACUAUUAACCAAUCAUUACAGAUACAUUACAUGGUGUCUUAGAAAUAAUCUCUGUGUUAAAAGGUAUGCUUUCUGGUACGUUGCAACUGUGGAUAUCACGGAGACUGAAGCACCUCAACUCUUGAUACCACUUCUAUUGCCACAUGCUGAAUUAUUAGCUGAAGAUCAUAGUUUCGCCUGCCUACUGAUUCUACGUCUUGAUCGCGUGCGUAGAGCUUUGCUACCGGAGAAGGAAUAUUUCACGCUUCUUCAUCGUCUAUUCAAAUAUUUAUCAUUCGAGAGUAAAUAUGAACUGCUGAGGUGUAUUCAAGAGAAGAAAAAUUCUGUUUAUGAAACCCCGCUGUCAAAAUCAAAUGCUUGCUUUCAGUCAUCUAUUCGUCCAGUGUUCAAUCGUUUAGCCUCCUUGGAUAGUAGUAAUGCUGAUGACACUGUUGGUCAAACUGAUAAACAAUCGAUAUUGACUACUGAUUUUACCAAGGAUUUUCUUUCAGAUUGUGAAGUAGUACUGUUCACACAUCCCGUACGUUUUUUUACUGAGUUAAUUCAAUUUCCAGUUAGACAACAGCUUCCUCAUCUACAGGCUGCUGUUCAACAGCUGAUCGAUGAAUUGUCUUACGUGUUCCCAGUACCUACAGAUUUUUUCCCAAAGGAAAGAAAAGUAUUGGAUAAAUCAGGUAGUAAAAGAAAGAGCAAAGCAACACUUGGAAAAGAUCACCACAACCACCAACAACUGAAACAAUCCAUUCACAGUACAAUCUUUCAAGAACUUAUUCUUGUUGAUUGGUCAAAUCGUCCAUGCUACACUAAUAUUUCAUUAUUCGGUGAAGAAGACAUAUAUGCUGAAGCAGAUAAGAUUAAUUUAUUGAAUGUGAAAUUCAAUUUUAACGAUGACAAAUGUCUGCUGGACGACCAGUCUGAUGAGUCGAUUAAUAAUAAACUGUCGGGGGAUCUAAUCUUGGAUACUCUAGUUCAUCUGUUUAAGAAACCGGAUUGUAUCAUUCAAAUUAACACAAUUUUACAAGUAUUUCUAAGUUAUUUAAAAGAUAAUUUACAAUCACUAAUUUAUAAACAUACCAAUAUGGGACAUUCAACAACAACAACAGCAGCACCAACAACAACGCCAUCAACUCAACUGACUAACAAUAAGGCGGUGAAUAAUUCUCCUACACUUCAAAGUAUGCAUAUUCGUGGAUUUAUAGAUAUGCUGUAUCGGUUAAUAAAAGUAGCUUCAUCUGGUCAUGAACUUUUAUUGAUAAACAAAAUUAAUAUAAAUGAAUUAGUGAAACAAUUUAUGCAAUUAUUUAAUAUCCUAUUCCUGAAUCAAUUUAAUAAUGAAUUUACUAUUACUACUAGUACUACUACUGCGACCACGACCAACACUCCUGUUGCUGCUGUUGUGGAUGCUACAACGACAACAACUACUACUAAUAAUAAUAAUGACAGUCAGUCAACUUGUCCUUCGUCUGUAUUCAUUCCCCUACCUGAUGAUAAUGAUGAUAACGUUGAUGAUUACGAACGAUAUUUUCAAUACCUGAUCACAAGUGAAGUAGAUGUCAUGUUGUUGGAAUUGAUUGCUUACUGUUUACAACUAUGCCUAUCCUCUUGUCCGUGUAAUCGUCAAACAGAAGGUGGAGGCAGAGAAGAUCAAAUCAGCUGCCAUAUCGAUGAUACGCUACGUCUACUGCAGACAUUUAAAAAUGAUAUCCUCAAUUCGAAAAGUACAACACGUCAUUGGUGUAAACAAAAAUGGUCUUACCUAUUCAACAGUUCAAUAUUUGCCUCAAUGACUGCGUUGAAAUUAAAACAGCAUAAGUGUUGUUGUUUGAAAAGGAUCAAUGUCUUAAAGGAUGAACUGUUUAGCUUAUCGAUUGAAAUGUCUAGUCAAAAAUUGAACACAUUGACACGGUUGAUAGAUAUUGAUGCCUUUCAUCGAAGUACUGGUAUACAUUUCAAAGCUAUUUCAUUGGAUGAUUCAUCACCACCGCCACCACCAACAACAACGACAACAGAAGAUAAAAAUGAAACUGCCAGUAACACUGAGUCACUAUUGCCUACAGAUAACUUCGUAUCACCACGUGUGAUUCAUUUCAUCUUUCAGAUAGCCAGUUAUUCUAAUCAAUUAUGCAUUGAAGUGUUGAAGUCAAUUCUCAAAAAAGCCAUAAAGUCCAAUCAGAUAUGGUGUCAGUUAAAUAUCACACCGAGUCACCUGUUAAUUUCCCUUCUAUCGGUAAGUUAA